UGAUUCAUUUGCUCCCAUUGGAAACGACAGGCUCUGGUCUAUCUUGGGUUAGUUAUACGUUCCUCCAUUCAUUGCCAAACAUGAUUCCUAUCUCCUCCUUUCUCUAAUAUCUCUGGGGUGGAUCGCUGUGACCAUAUAAAUAAAACGGAUAGACAGGUCUGCUUGCAAAAGAGGGUCCUUCCCGACUCAACUCUGGGGGGAGGGGUGACGGUUCUAUUAAUUUAUAUUCUGUAUCAAAGAAGCACAACAAGGUCUGUGAGGAUGAUGUGAUGGGACAACACCAACCAGGGCAGGUGAAACCCGUAAUUAUACUGGCUGUUUCAACUCUAGGUAAUUUAUAAACAUAAAAAAGGGAAGAUCAUUUUUGGGGUAUAUUAGUGGUUUACCGAAGGCUACUUGUAUGUAUUUGUUUUUACCAGCUAAUCUAAUGUAAUGGCGACCGAGUGCACCCAAGAAGCGGUCGUACAAUUUCUGACCGAGCGAGGAGGGAGAGUGAAAAAACAGGAAUUCAUUGACUCUUUCAAAGCUGUUUUCCCCGAAGACCAUGACCAGAAAGCAAUUGUUCGGGAGAAAUUCAAGGGAUACGUGGACAACGUCGCAUUUGUAAAGUUUGAGAAUGGAGUGAAAUGUGUAUGUUUAAAAAAUAAGUAUCGAGUGGCAAAAGACAGCGCGUGCAAUGGCAACGGGACAGGCACCUUUUUGGAACAAGAUAGCAGCACCCCUGUCCUAUCAAAAUCAUAUAAGAACAUGAUAGAAGAUUGUGCACCACAGCUGCAUCUGUCAGCAUCUUCUGCUGGGCGUGUGCGCUCUUGGGAAACCACUGCAAACGAGGAGGCACAAGAAAUGUCACUUGGCUCGGGUUACGGAACUGACAAUGCCGCAGGAGUAAGACCGCCUGACAUUUCAGGAAUUAUAUUGGAAGGUAACAUUUUAGAAAGAGCUGCGUCAACAAGGUCUGUAGUUCAGAAUAAUAGUUUAUCAGACAUUAUGGGAAAUGCGUUAGGCCUUGGUGGCAAUGGAGAGCAGAAAUUGACCAAGGAGGACAUUCAGACAUUGCAACCGCACGACACACCGCAAAUUGCAGUGAUUGAGACGUCAUCUUUACCUACAGCCGCGGAUGGCUCUAUGUUCCACUUACCUGGACGUCCAUUCCCAACUAAUACACAGGACAGCCUGCUUUCCAGUCACCCUUCAUCAGAGGAUGGGGCAGACGAAGGCCAUAAUUAUGAUUCGCUACUGAGCAAAUCUGGGAGUGACAGCAACACACCUAAAAGUAGCCAUAAUAACUUUAUUGAGCUCAUGAUGAACAGCUCCCUCCAGGUGCGAAGCAGCAUGGUGUUGAGGAACUCCGUCUACCUGUCUACAAAGUACAGGGACUGUGCCCGGAGCGACAGUGACUCUGCCUCUGUGGUUUCCUCUACUACAGACGAAGACCGAGCUUCAGUCACCCUGGACCCAUUGGAACACGAAUGGAUGAUGUGUGCAGCCGACGGCCAAUGGGAGAGUCUCCACCGCCUCCUUUCCUGUGAACCGAACCUUGCCAUGAAGAAGGACUUUGUGACUGGGUUCACCUGCCUGCACUGGGCUGCCAAGCAAGGCAAACAAGAACUGCUGGCACUUAUCGUGAACUUUGCCAAACAACACACAGUGCCCAUCAACAUCAAUGCCCGGUCAAGUGCCGGCUACACACCACUACAUCUAGCGGCAAUGCACAACCAUGUUGAAGUGGUGAAGUUACUGGUAGGAGCCUAUGACGCAGACAUAGAGGCCAGAGAUUACAAUGGGAAAAGGGCGUGUCAGUAUCUUACGAACAGUGUGGCCGUUGAUAUCCGUGACAUCAUCGGGGCGGGUGGUGGCGCCGACUCGGACUCAGAGGACACAGACGAUGGGGGGCAUUGGAGGUUGUCUAAAGUUCUCCAGUCUAAUCUGAUGCCCCUCAAACUGCACAAUCACAGUGAGGAGGACACAGGUGAUGGAGCAGGGCAGGCCAGACAGAAACCCUUGCGAAGGAAAUCAUCCCUUAGCAAGAUUAGGCCAAAACUUCAGAAGAUCUGCUUCAGAUCUUCGCAGAUAGUUCACAGCACUUCGUUCCCAGCGCACUGUGAGACAGAGGAGCUUAACGGGUCCAGGAAAAGCUCAUUUAAAUCCAGACCCAUGUCAAAUCUGUUUGGUUGAAGAAUAGCCUCUAAGUACACUCGACAAAGAGCAAAUGAACUAUUACAGUGCAGGAUGACAGACACAAUGCGGUAUAGUCUGAUGCUACAAGUGUUUUGUUUUUUUGUGGCAUAGGCCAUGUCUGGUGUUACACAUACUUAAGGGUUUUUACCCCAGGCAUUAUAUGAAUAUACUGAACUAACAGAAUACGGUAUUACAUGAUCUAUUGAGUAACUGGCCAGAUUGCCAGCCCUGGUUAGGCUAAAUAUUUCUGUCUUAAUCCUCUUAUCAUGCCGAAGUAGCCAAGGAGGUUUUACAGUUCGUCUGCUUUAACCCUUAACGUACAUGUAAAGCUGCCUGCAACCCACUGGGCAAAGAUGUCAGUUCGACGUCUAGUUUUGAUUUACAUUUCGUUGAGUUUUUAACUAACGUGAAUUCAAUGAGAAAUCAACAUAAAAUGACACCAUGUCAUUGGAUUUGGGUUAAAAUUUGGGUGAUUUUAAAAAUAUGAAAUUAUCUUCCAUUGAUUACUUUUUUUUUCAUAUCCAUAUCCAAUCAGUUUUCCACGUUGAUUUGACGUCUUCAUAUUACAUUUAUUUGGUUAAAAUGGCAUGGAAACAAGGUUGACUCAACCUGUUUUUGCCUAAUGGGAAGUUUAAACUUCAAGUUAUUUGACCACAUGGUAGAAACAAUGUAAUUGAUUUCACAAUGCUUGGGAGCAAUUCUAUCUUAUUACUGUUAGUGAUGCUAUGAAUUUAUUAUCCCUUUAUGUUUAAGUUGCUUUAAGCACUUUGAUUUUAAACCGUUAUUGAUCCAGCUUUCCUGCGGUGGAUGCCAUUCAGUCCACCUGAAAGACUUGAGGUGGGAAUUUACUUCCUCUUUGUGUUCAAGUGGAGGAUUGGAGGCCAAUGAAAAGGCCUCUGGUCCUUUAAGUCUGUAAUCGGGAUCAGUAGAGGAGCUUUAUGUGUCACAAGGUACGCUGUUGUUGAGUGUUGAUGAGUGUAUGGUAGGCCUGCUGUGUGUAGUGCUAUGAUGAAAGAUCAGGUUUCAUAACUAUUCACAGUCCACCUUGAAUUAUACUAUGUAGUUAUACUCACUUUAUGACCUUCUGAUCAUAGCUCCUUAUUUUGAGUUGUCUAAGGUUGCAGUUGUCUGGUAUCAAGUUGUAGGCUACCCUCUGAUCUGUUAUGCACCAGUGGUUUUAUAUCAACAAGCUAUCAGCUUGCUGACCCAGGAGAGCCUCUACACGCAAUACCCCAUAAUGAGAAUGUGAAAACAUGUUUUUAGAAAUGUUUGCAAAUAUAUUGAAAUUUAAAUGCAUAAAUAUCUCAAUGACAAAAGUA